AUGUCCGCAGCCCACGCACGUCAACUCCCAAUCCAAUCUGCGCAUGGUUUGCCUUCUUCUCCAAGUCCGACCCCGGUCCUCCCGCCCGAACGCACUUACCUUACUCUUAUUCUCCUCCUCCGCGGUCACUCUACGCCCAUACCCCACCCCACUCUUAUCACCCAUUCUACCACGCCGCGACCCAUGAUCCUUCCGGAGAAAUCCCUCUCCCUUUCAGCGAUUCCAAAUGGCGCGCCAGACAGCCUCAUGGCCGCCUCGCCUACUUCACUUCGUGGCGCUCAUCACGCAACUCCUCCCCAUCUCUUCUUUCUCUCACCUUCUGUGACCACUAUCGGUGCAAUCACUUCUAUAUCCAGGGUGCGUUUAUCUUUCACUAUGGCCUUUCACUCGCCGCCCCUCUCCUCCGAUGUGGCGGUGUCUAGGCCCACAUGCCCACAAUCAGUCAAGGAACCCAGCCCCUACGGGAUAUGUUUUGAUGCGCCUUUGUGGGGUCACCCAAUAGAAGCCUUGAGCGCCCAGGGACCCCGCCAGGAAUCAGACGUCGGCAUCAGUAAGCACGCCAUUAUCAACAAGGCGCUUUCUUCCCGCUUUCAUUGGCUGAACAGCUCGUUGCAAUCACACGUCUGGGAAUGUACAAUGACGGCCUCAAGGCCAACAUUCACCGUGUACAUCACCAUAUCAUUUAGCGAACCGAAAAGACUCUCUGCGCCUCCAUCCUUGGUUGUACUAUAA